CCACCACUCGCCGGCAGCCGCCACCCAGCAUGGCCGAGAAACCCCAAAUCCAGCUUUUUGUCAAGGCAAGUGAGGAUGGGGAGAGUGUGGGGCACUGCCCCUUCUGCCAGCGGCUGUUCAUGGUGCUGCUGCUCAAAGGGGUCCCCUUCACCCUCACCACUGUGGACGUGAAGAGAGCACUGGAUGUGCUGAAGGACUUCGCCCCAGGUGCCCAGCUGCCUGUUCUGCUCUACAAUGGGGAGCCCAAGACUGACACUGUCACCAUUGAGGACUUCCUGGAGGACAAGCUGGGCCCCCCCAUGUUCCCCAGUCUGGUCCCACAGUACAGAGAGUCGAGCCUGGCCGGGAAUGAAAUCUUCCACAAGUUCUCCACCUACAUCAAGAACCCGGUGCCUGCCCAGGAUGAAGCGCUGCAGAGGAGCCUGCUGCGGGCCCUCCUGAAGCUGGAUGAGUACUUGUGUGCCCCCUUGGAGCAUGAACUGGCCCAGGACCCCCACCUCAGGGCCUCCCGGCGCCGUUACCUCGAUGGAGACCACCUCACAUUAGCUGACUGCAACCUGCUACCCAAGCUCAAUAUCGUCCAGGUUGUGUGCCAGCAUUACCGACGCUUUGGGAUCCCCAAGGACCUGCGGGGUGUCUGGCGCUACCUCAACAGUGCUGGUGACACCAAGGAGUUCAGAUACACCUGUCCCAGCACCGAGGAGAUUGUACAGGCUUAUCGCUCCGUGGUCCGGUCGCUGCAGUGAGCCGGGCACCUGCCCAGGCAGGCAAAGGGACAGGGCUGGGCUCAGCACCCACCCCAAGUCCUGCUGUGACCACCCCAGUCCUGGCUGCAUGCACUCAAAAAGGCAAUGAGCAUGAGCCUGGCACCCAAGUCCCCCCCACUGGCACCCCUGCCUGAGGUUCCAGCAGCAAUCUGCACCCUGCUGAGCCCACAAAUGUUUUGCUGCCUCUUGUGCCACCCCCCCUGCCUGGCCAGGGGCCCCUCGACCUGCCCUGCAGUCCCUGAGGUAUCAGGAUGGGUUGAAAGGGGCCCAGGCACUGCUGAGGGCAAGGGCAGGAGCUGGGGAGGAAAGGCUGCCCAAAGCAGAGGCAUUGUGCAGUGGGCAUCCCACAGAGCCAUGGCAUGCCACCCACCAGGUGAGGGACCUGAGGCAAUGCCAGGGCAGCAGGCACCACAGGAAGUCCCCAAAGACCUGAACCAGAUAAGGGAAUUGACACAGCUCCAGGAAAAGCCCUGGGACAGAGCUGGGGCAGAUGCAGUGGGCGGUGGACACAGCUCAGCUCCACUUGGCCUGGCGAGGGGAGCAGAGGAUGCAGUGGGAAUCCCAGAACCUGCUGUUAGGAAG